CUCCCUGCCAUGUGGAUCCCCCAGAAUCGUCUUCACAGACUGAAGAUCACUGGUCAUCUUCUUCAAGCAAUCCUCACAUUUAUCACAGGAUGUAUGACUUUGGCUAUCUUGACAGAGAAGAGAGAACGUGACAGUCGAGUGCAGUGGUGUUUUGCCUUGUGUUUCCUUACAAUGCCUGCUUUAAUGUAUCAAUGCAUAAUACCUUGCUGGACAAGGCUAUGGCGUCUCGCCAAUCCAUACAUCUUCUUCAUGAUCGACUCAGUAUUCACGAUUUUCUGGAUCUCGGCAUUUGCUUCUAUGUGUGCUUGGACGGUGAAGGGAAUACGAAAAGGUGCUAUUGAAAAAAAGUUGAGCGCGAGUGAUGCAUCUUGCUCAACCUUUGCUUUUGGAUCCGUAUCAACAUGUAAUCUUGCCAAAGCCACGACGGGUCUGGGAGUAGCUUUGAGCAUUUUCUUCUUGGCUGCAGCAAUCAUUUCUGGCAUCGAUGCCUAUAAGUUUUGGAAGUCAGGAAAUGUGCGGACACAGCCGGAUAUUUAUGGUCAAACGCCUUCUCGCGCUUCUUCGCCAGAGGGCAAGGACGAAUGGUCACUGAGUACCGAAGAUCUGGGUGCAAAGAGUACCUAUGCUUCCGACGCGUAUCAAGGCUGGGCCCAAGACCACGAACCUGCUUUCGCGGAGUCAGAUACCAUGGAGGGACGACAUCCUGGCAAACACGUGAGGUGUGAAAGUACGAGGACAAUACCCUACGAAAGAGACCUCACGCCUAGUGCCAUGAGCCCUACCGCAGAAUUACGCUAUACAGGUAUUUUUCCAUCAGCGACAGCAAACUACAGCUUUUCGAGAGAAUGA